AUGGCGAUGCCUGGUACGGUGGCAAGGUUCCUGUUAGAGGGCCUGGUGGAAGUACGGCGAGAGGUAUGGCAGAUCCAGGAGGCUGCUGCCGCCCCACGUGUUUGCCCUGGCGGCACUGUAGCCCACCCACCAUCACCGCCAUCACCGCCAUCAUCACCAUUACCAUCUUCAUUUUCAGCACCACCGUUCCCCCACGACGCUGGAUUGUUACACACAAGCUCUGCAUCUGAAGGGUCCGACGCCGCAGCAGUAGCAGUAGCAGUAGCAGUAGCAGGUGGAGGCGGUGGUGGUAAUGGUGGUAAUGGUGGUGAUGGUGGUGGUGGUGGAGCCGCAGCGGCCACGGCAGCAGCAGCAGCAGCAGCGGCAGUGGGGGCACCUAAUGAGCCCGUUCCUGUCGUAGAUAGCGGCGCUGACAUCAGCAGCUGCAGCAGCAGCACCGGCGGCGGCAGUGACGGCGGCAAUGGCGGCAGUGAUGGCGGUGGCGGUGGCGGUGUGCUGAUUCGGUUUGGGCGGCCCGAGGAGGUGCUUCCCGGGCUUCUGACGCUGGCAGCGGAACACAACCCGCAGUUGCGGCACGUGUCCCUGCACCACCACCUGGACGUGCUGGAGGAGGCAGUGGAGGUGGAGAGGGAGGUGGCGGGGGCGCUGAGGAAGUGGGGCGCCGCAAGGGGUGUGAGUGUUUCCGUACACACCUAUUGGGACCGCACGCUCUACCACCCCGACGAUCUGCCGUACCAUCUGUAUGAUAGAGCAGCUAAGGCCUCGUCGCAGGGUGGAUCGGGCAUGGCCGGUGGCGGUCUCCCUCGGGCCCCGAGCCCCCCGCACAGCCCCACGCGGCCUCUGCCCCUCAACGCCGACAAGAACCGCUUCCGGAACCUCCCGCGGGUUAUGACGGACUUCCGCAAGGCCACGCAGGCCGCUGCCUCCGUACGACCUAGCCUGCCCGCCCCCACCGCCCUGCCGCCCCUGCCGCCGCCAUUCAACGAGGCGGCCCGCAGCCUGGAAAUGACUGCUCAGACUGUAGGACAACGGCAGCAGCAGCAGCACAUGCAGACGUCGGAGGAGGGCGCAGCGGGAGGAGACUGGGGCUUGGGCAGCAUUCCGCGGACGAUUGAGGAGGUGUACGAUGCAGCAGGGGCGCGAAGAGCGCUACAGCGCCUUCAGGAGCUGGUCGGGUUGGACUACAGCCAGCUACUGCCGCCAGUAGAGCCCGAAGGGCCACCGGCGCCACACGACCCGCGUACGGCAUUUCCCUUCCACGCCGGCUACAGCAGCGCCGUACGCCGCCUGCGGUACUACGUUUGGGGCCACCCGGAAGGGGCUCCCCCGGAGCUGCCAAGCGACCCACGGGACGGCGCCGGAUCCAGCUCCCAGCCGCAUGGGGCCCCCGUGAGCUCUCCACCCUCGUUGCUGUAUUUCACCAACACCCGGGCGCAGGCGGUUGGUGUGGACAGCAGCACUAAGUUGUCGCCCUUCGUGGCGCUGGGCUGCAUCACGUCGCGCCAAAUACAUGAGGAGCUGUCGACCACACCACCGCUUCCCGGGUCCUGUUUUGGAACCCUUGUAAGCUCCCCCUUCGCCCUGGCGGGGGUCAACCCUGCAUGGGUCUGUAUCCGCGCGCGGUGCACGUGCAGGUGGAGCAGUAGCUCAGUACCAGCCCCCGCCGAGUGUGAUUGGCUGGCCAUGCACCUGUGCAUCCGGGACUUCUUCAUCUUCACGACGCUCAAGGAGGGUGAUGCCGUACUGGACGAACGGGGCAUUAUGGGUCUCCCCGUCAGCUGGCGGAACGACAUGGAGACAUUCACUCGGUGGGCCCAGGGCCGCACGGGUCUCCCCUUCGUGGACGCCAACAUGCGGGAGCUGGCGGUCACCGGCUGGAUGAGCAACCGGGGCCGACAGAACGUGGCUAGCUUGCUGACCAAGGACCUGGGGGUAGACUGGAGAUGGGGUGCGGAGCUGUUUGAGAGCUUGUUGGUGGAUUGCGAUGUGGCGGUUAACUAUUGCAACUGGAAUUACUUUGCUGGUAUCGGGAACGACCCACGCAAUCGCCAUUUCAAGACCGUGACUCAGCCCUGGGCCAUGACGGCGGAGGAAGCUGAGCAGUACAGCUUUGUACUGGGCCGCGAUUACCCUUUUCCUUUGGUCGACCCGGCUAACCAUGUCGGCCAGCUGACGGGCACGGGGAAGCGCAGGAACAAGGCCAAGGCACAGACGUAA